AUGUCUACCACCUUAGUGGUGACACAUCAUCUGAGAAAAAAUACAGAGACAGCAGAACGUUUCCUCUUUUGUGGAUCUAACUUGUCUGAGAUUAUUGAAGAAACAGAAUAUAUUAAAAAGAUCCGUUCCACACUAGCAAAAUUUCAGCCUCUGUUGUAUAAAAAGGAACUCAACCAUAGAAUUGCAAAUGGCAUCCUGGAUUCAAAGCUACAUGUUACAGAAUCUGGAUUGGUCCCUGAUGAAGAGAUGCUGUCUUCCAGCAACGAGGAGACCUUAAAAAGGAUAGAAGCAGUAGAAGAAGAAUUAGUAUGCGUGAACAAAGAAAACAAAAGGCUAAAGAUGAAGCUUGAAGCUAUAAGGACAGUCGGUGCUGAGUGUUUGAUGCAUAGUUCCCAAAAGCUCCAGGAGAAUUACACGAAACGCUCUGAAGACCUGAAGAAAAGACAAGAGGGAGUCAUAAAUACAAUGAAGGCCCGCAAACUUGAGCAAGAGCAGAUCUUGAAGCAAAGCAUGGACAGCCUCAGCCAGCUAAGCGAGCAGCUGAAUGAGAAAUAUGGCCAGAUUGAAGAACUGGAAAAACGAGUACAAAGGAUGGAAGAGGAAAAAAAAAGGCUGGAUGAAAAGAAACAGCUUUUAAAAAAGAAGCUGCAGCAGAUGAUGUCAAAAGCGGAGAACGCUCGAAGCUGUGUAAAAGUUCAAUCAGAGAUGUGUGUUCUUCAGGAGCAAAUUACUCACCUGGAUUAUGUGAUCCAUUCUCAGCACCAACAAUUGCACAAUCUGAUUCGCCAGAUCGAGGGGCUGAAUAAUGAAUUGAAAUAUCAGGAUGAAAGAAUAGAAAACUUAAAAGACCAGAUAGCAAUCCUUCAACUAAAGAACAAUGAACUGAAGAACGAAGUGGAAUUCUACAAGACCCAAUCAAAACCAAAAAUCUCCAAAGCUGUUUGCACAAGGAUUGAUGAGAGAUUGCCGUACAUUGUAAUAUCCAAACUACGCAAGUAA